CACCCACACUCCCGGCCCUCGUCGCCGCCCAUCGCCCUGCAAUUAUAUUCUCCCUCCUCUUCCCCCUCCGCCAUCAACCACGCACAACCACCCUCUCACCCUUCGCGAAACGCGAAGUCGAUAAACCCUAGCUCCGCGAAGGCCUCCCCGUCCGCCUUGGCCGGCCGAACACCAUGCCGAGAGCUGCUUAUUUCGCCGCCGCCUUGGCCGACCUGUGGGCGGCGAUCACCGCCAUCCAGCUCUACUACUCCCUCAACCUGCAGCCAGGACCAGGAGCGGGUACUAGUGUUACACCAUCCGCUCAAGCCCCCGCGUCCGUCGGCGACUUCCACAUCUUCCUGACGUUGGUCGCGGCGGGAGGACUCUACGCCGCCGUGGCGCUCAUUUACCGCCACCUCCACCAACUCCAAGCCGCGGCCGUUGCGGGCGCCGGCAACCGCCGCCGCCUGCCGGACAGCGUGGUCGUCCUCUUAAUCGCAGCGGUUAGCCUGCUCGAAUUCUUCCUGUUCGUGCAGGAGGGCGCCAGCGCCGUCGUCGACGUCGUCGGCGCGCUCGGUCUGGCUGCUUUCCGCGCGAUACCGGCUGCGGCGACGGCGACGUUCUUUUGGGGGAUGAUGCUCAUGCUCAUCGUCGUCGCGCACGUCCGCGCCGGCGGAGAAGGAGGGGGCGGCGCCCUCGCCGGAGACGGGCAGAUCCAGGGGCCCGUGCGGUUCAUCACCAACGCCGCCUUCGCCGCGGCGGCUGCACUUGUUUGUUUGAUGGCCUUCGCGCUGUACGCCAAAUACUAGAAGGAAGCUGGAAGAUGUGCUGCUGGUUGGGUUUGGGUACAGUCAAAGAUUCAUCAUCUGCGCCAGCAUUGUCUUCUACGGAGCAUAUAUGUUAACUACUUGCAUUUCCGCAAUAAAUUUUGGCCUGUCUAAUUAUAUUGUGAAUGUACUGAAUGUUUCUGUGCUGCUUGCUUGUGACUAUGAGAGAGUGAGGGAUGGUACUUUGAACUUAAGCGCCUGUUAUGACCGGAAUUUGUCUAUGCCUUGUAUAAUCAUUCGAAACUAUCAGGAUACGGUUGUGUCUUAUGUGCGGGUUAAUAUGCUGCAAGUUCUUAUC